AUGAUGUCAGGAAGGAGGAGGAGGAGGAGGGGGGUCUUCUUGCUUGUAAGCCAAAGAUUUCUUCUACUAAUUGUAUUGUGCGUAACAAGUAGGUGCUGCAAAGCCCAGCAAAAUAAUGAUCAGAACUGCACUUCGUCUUGCGGGAAUAUCCAUGACAUACACUACCCUUUCCGGCUGGAAGACGAUCCCCAGCACUGUGGUCUUCCCGACUACCAACUUGCCUGCAACAACAAUCGCACUAUACUAUACCUUAAAGCUGAUCCUUAUGCAGGGUACGACUACAAAUUCAACUACUCCUACUACGUGGAGGCAAUCACUUAUGACAACUUCUCGAUUCGACUUGUUGAUCCCGGUCUAGACAAGGAUAAUUGCUCUUCUCUUCCACUUCAUUCUCUGCCAUAUACCGAUUAUUUCGGAUUCUCCACAGCAGGGCCAUGCUUUGGUGUUAUGUUCACAAGCUGUCAGAAUCCCGUAAAUAGGAGUGGAUAUGUGGACGCUAGCUUUUGUGAUAAAAGAAACACUACUUCCACCUCCAACACUACUUCACCAUCUCCGUUGCAAAAUCAUAAUUAUGUGGUACGAGAAGGCAUGGAUAUCUCAGAACUGGAGGACUCCUGCAGCAUCGGCAAUCUGGUUUGGACAACAGCAAAUAUCUUAGGGCCCGCGACGGAAGGCAACAUUUUUUUUCAGACUUAUAUGACGGGCUUGCAUAUGGGUUUGAGCUUUUAUGGUAUCGCGUCUAUUGUGGACAGUGUGAAGCAAGAGGCGGCUUUUGCCUUCUCGGAUUUGAGGGCAAUGUUGUCCAUUGCUCAGGGGACGGAGCCAGAACCAACACCAGAACUAGAAUCAGAAAUAUAUUGAGAAAUGUAUUAUUAGGCUUGCUUCAGUGGUUGAUUUGUGAGUAUUCUCUCUAUUCUUUUCUCCUUUUCUUUCAUGUUUAUAAGCCUCUUCCUAUAACUUUUUUAACAUCUUAUCUUUGGUGUUGCUCUCUUUUGGAAUUUCUGACAGAUGUUUUCACUCUAGUAUACAAACCAAUCGGAUGGAUUAUUGCAGCAAGGUCUUUCUGUGGGAUUUCAUUUCUUCUCGCAUUUGUGGUAUAUAAAUGGAGAAAGCUGCACUUACCAAUUUAUGACAACAUUGAAGACUUCCUAC